UGACUUUAUUCUUUUCCUUGUAACAGUGCAUGUCCAUCUCCUCGCGAAACCGUGCGCCAUCCGCCUCAACUCUUUCUCUCAACAAUGCCUCGGCCUCACGCGCUUCCCGACGCCCUCCCCCACCGCUAGCAAAGGUCGUCACCGUCCCCCCUUGGGCACGCGACGAGCCUCCUUCUCCCAAAGAACAGACUGGCUCUCCAACAGACGCCAUACAACCAGCACCUCAGUCACAUGCGUCAGACGCUGCCAGUCUCCAGACAACAACAGACGACCAUUCUCGCUGGUGGGGCUUCACAUCGCGCUACAGAGACCACUACCAGGGUCUUCACAGCCAUCCAGGACCUCGCUCAGAACGCAAAGGCUUCAGAGAUAGGUCUAUAUCAUGGCUACAAGCGUCAACGAGCCUCCGCGAAGGCAUGUCAUCAUCGGGGCGUAAAGACAAGGAGAAGGAGAGAGAUCUCGAGAACGGCGAUCGUCCACCACCGCUAUCCAUCCCAGAACAUCCAACAUCGACGUACAAUCCCUCUGCAGUGAACACCCCCAGUUGGUAUAUGCCCUGGUCGGCUAAACUCGCAGCACAGGGGCCCCACCCGCAGUAUCAGGACUCUUACGACUCGGGCCAAGAAGACCGCGUCAGUUCACCUGAGCCCACCAGGGAGUCUGGCUGGGCCGCCAGAAGAAAGCGGGUGCGGUCAUUCAUAUUGACCAAUGCAUACGUCCCUCUCCUGUUCCGUUUUAUUAAUAUCUCCUUCACAACCGCUGCCCUCGGGAUGGCUAUCCAUAUUCGCCAAAUCGAACUCGCCAACCAUGCAAUGGGAGCAGUGGGCAGUUCACCUACUGUCGUAAUCAUCUUUGCGCCCUUGACGCUUGUCCAUGUGAUGGCGGCUAUUUAUUUGGAGUACUUUGGGAGACCUCUUGGCCUCUGGAGAACAUCAGGAAAGUUGGCCCACACCCUAUCCGAAGUCCUCUUCAUCUGCGCUUGGUCUGCUGCCCUAUCCCUCUCGUUCGACAACUUUUUCACAUCACUAGUCCCCUGUGCAUCCCCGUCCAGUCUCUCUUGGUAUAACGAACUACCGCGGGAUUUCGACUUUCCGGUACUAGAAGGGAACAUUGGGCGGGAAAUAUGUGACUCCCAGCUGGCUCUUAUCUGUCUAGUUGGGGUCGGCUUGAUUGCAUACUGCACUAACCUCAUCAUCAGUCUCUAUCGGAUCUUCGAAAAGGUGAAAUACCACCCAGCUGCACGGACAGGUUAA